AUGACUGAGGAGCAAAAUUCAGAGACAGAGAGCAGCUCCAAUUCAUUCUCUUCUCCUCCGACAUCACCCUUAUCUCCAGGGUCAACUCAUUCACCUCCAAACUCAGCCCCUAGCUCAACGACCGCUUUAAACGGAAAACCUGAAACCACCUCAGGUAAAAAGAUCAAAAGAAUGAGGGAUUCAAGCAAGCACCUAGUUUACCGUGGCGUCCGAAUGCGAAACUGGGGCAAAUGGGUGUCCGAAAUCCGCGAGCCACGCAAAAAAUCCCGCAUUUGGCUCGGCACUUUCCCUACCCCUGAAAUGGCAGCUCGUGCACACGACGUUGCCGCUUUAAGCAUCAAAGGCAACUCAGCUAUUCUCAACUUCCCUGAACUCGCUAACUGUUUACCUCGACCCGUGUCUUUAGCACCUCGUGACGUCCAAGCUGCGGCAGCCAAAGCUGCCCAAAUGGACAAGUUUGACUCUCCAUCAUCUUCGACAACAUCAACUAAUUCUACAUUGUCAUCGUCGUCAUCACUGUCGUCUUUGGUUUCUCAGAUGGACUUGUCUUCAGGGUCAGACGAGUUAAGUGAGAUAGUGGAGCUGCCAAGUCUUGGGACAAAUUAUGACUCGGUUGAGUUGAAGAAUGAGUUUAUGUUUGCGGACUCAGUGGAUGGAUGGUUUUAUCCUCCACCGUGGCUUCAAAGCAUGGAAGAUUAUGAGUAUGUUUGUGAUCAGUUAGUAGUGCCAGAGAGCGUUUUACUGAAUGACUUCGAAGAAGGUUUGCUAUGGGAUUAUUAGAGUUUUCAUUUCCUUUUUGUGUUUGUGAACGUGAGUGUGUAUCGUUUUUUUUUUUUUUUUUUUCUUUCUGGUUUUAAGCCCUAUUGCUUUUUCUUUGAAGGGCUGAAACGCUGUCUUUUUUUCUUUCUUUCCCUCUGUUUAUGUCAUCUCUUUCAAUGAAUGCCACUUUACAGUGUUUAGAAUGGGAAGAAGAGGAA